AUGGAUGAGAAAAGAAUUCAAAAGCUGUUAAAAGAAGCAGAACGAAUUCGUCAUGCUAAUUCACGAAAUCCAAAAGAUAAAAUCGAUAUUUAUCAUGAAACAGCUGAAGCAUGUCGAUCUGUUGGAAAAUAUGAUGAAGCAAUAAAAUAUUUUACAUAUGCAUUACAUGAAGCACAAUUAUUAGAUUUACGUGAAGAUAUUCUUUAUUGUCAUCGAUUUUUAGGUGAAUGUUAUUUUGCUAAAAAUCAAUUUCAUACAAGUGAAAAACAUCAUUUAAAUUUUUUAUCAUCAGCACAAGAAUAUGCUGAUGAUGAACGUACAGAACAAGCAUAUACAUGUUUAACACAUACGUAUUGGGUAUGGUUAAGUUAUUUACAAGAUGAUGUUUUACAUAAUGUUGAAUAUGAUCAAUUACCACGUGAAAUAUGUAAAAAAAGUCUCGAUGCAGCCAAAAAUAGCUUAUUAAUGAUCGAAAAACUUGAUUAUCAACUUAAUAUUGAUAUGAAAAAAAAAUCUAAUAUUAAAAUAAAAGAUCUUGAAAAAAAACAACAAGAUUUAGCAUUAAAACGUGUUCGAGCUUAUAUAAAUGUUGCUAAUGCUAUGAGUGAAAAAUAUACAACUGGUGAUAAAUCUGGUGCUAGUCUUAAAGCUUUAAGUCAAUAUAUUAAAAGUGCUAUAGAACUUGCCAAAAAACAUCAGUUACAUGAAGAAUUAGCACGUCUUCAUUCAUCAGUAUCAACUUUUUAUUUAAGUGUACCAAAUUUUUUACAAUAUAAAAAAGAAAUUAUUGGAACUAUGGAACAAGCUAUACGUUAUGCUCAAUUAGCGAAAAAUAUCAGUGAAUAUUUAUCAUGUUUACAUGAUACUGCUCAGGCACUUCUUCUGUUCGAUGAUUAUCAAGGUGCAAAAACGUAUCUUUUAAAAAUCUAUCGAUAUAGAAAAAAUGAACCAAUCAAAGAAAAAGCUACACGAGAUUUAGUUGAUGUUCAAAGAAUUCUUACUGGAAUUGAAGAUCGAUAUGAACGAGAAAAUGAUUUAAGAAAAAAAAUGAAAUUAGCAGAAAAAUGUGCUGAUACAUUUUCACAUCUUAAACGAAAUGAAAAAAGUAAAAAUUAUUAUUUAAAACAAUUAAAACAUGCACAAGAAUUAAAUCUUGAUGAAUGUGAAAUGGCAGUUAUUUACUCAUCACUUGGUAGUAUAUGUCAAGAUUUACAAGAAUGGCAAACAAGUAUUGAUUAUUUUCGACGUGAAAUGAGUUGUCGAGUUGGUUUAGGUUCUCGAGCUGAUGUUGAACAAGGUUAUUCUCUUUGUGAAAUAAUUAAAUGUGAAUAUCGGCUUAAUAUUGAUAUUGAUAUACGAAUAACAACAUUCAAACGAGUUUUAACAAUUGCUCGAUCAACAAAUGAUCGAAGUUUAAUUAGAAUGGCAGUUGCACUUGUAUUUGCUAUGAAAUUACGUGAUCCAACUAUAUAUUUAGAUGAAGAUCUGGAAGAAUUUAUAUCUAAUAUUCAACCGCCUAUAACAAAAGAAAAUUAUAGUGAAAUUUUACGUCGUUCAGAACGUACUAAUAGUGAAAUAACUGACUCGUCACAAUCAAAUGAUGAUGAUGAUGAUGAUGAAGAUGAAAAUAAUGGAAAUGAAAGUGAUGAUGAUGAUGCAAUUUUAGCAACAAUUUCAGAUGAAUCUGAAGAUGAUGAUAAUGAGGACGACGACGAAUUGGAUUCAACCAUACGUGGUAAAGGUCGACAGAGAAAAAAAAUUUCGCGAAAUUGUUAUGGUGAAAGUCGUUUACAUUUAGCUUGUAAAGAAAAAAGUGGUUUAAGAAAAGUUAAACAAUUUAUUUCCGAAGGAGAUGAUAUUAAUUUACAAGAUAAUCAUGGAUGGACACCGUUACAUGAAGCUGUUAAUCAUGGACAUAUUGAUAUAGUUCGAUGUGUUCUUGAUUCUAAAGCAAAUAUUAAUAUAAAAGCGAAUAAUGGAAUAACAGCUUUAAUUGAUGCGUGUAAUAGUGGACAAUUAGAUAUCAUUGAAGCUUUACUUUCAUAUGGUGCAAAAACAAAUAUUCGUACAAAUAAUGGUUACACAGCUGUGGAUUAUUUGACAUUGUAUGAUGAAAAUAUGUCACCAGAUGAUCGUAAAAAAUUUAAUCGACUAAAAGAAUUACUUUUAGCUUCAAUGAGAAAGGAUGAGCCAACAUAUUGUACACAACGAGUUAUUCGUAGUGAUUUUGGUAACGAAUCAGAUGAAGAAGAAGCAACAUUAACAAUGGAACAUAAUUCUAAUAGUAAUGAUAGUGUCGAUGAUGUUUUAGAAAAAACUACCGAUAAAAGACUACAAUAUAAAAAUAUAAUGAAUAAUAUUCGACGAGGAAUUCAAACAGAUGAGGAUGGUACAAAUAAUAAACGAUCACCUUUAAAAAAGAAAAAAUCCAAAUUAACACCAUUUGUAUCCGAUGCUGAAUAUGAACGAACAAAUGCAAAUGAAAAACAUUGGGUAGUUGAUGAUAGAGAACCUAUUGAAAUCGGGAAUCCAUCUAGUUCAACAAAAUCACGAAAACAACGCCUUCAACGAUCACGUUCACCAUCAGCAUCAUCAUCACAUACACCAGCAAGUAAACGAAGACGUACAAUAACUGAUGCUAAAUCACCAUUAAAAACACCUCAGACUAUCUCUCAUCUUCCUCCUCCUCCCCCUCCUCCUCCACUUUUACCAGCAUCAAACGAUAUCGAUAUUAUAAAUUUUGAUGAUUUGGAUUUAUUUUCACCAUUAAAAAAAGAAUCACCCGCACCAUCUAAUCAUACUCCAUCACUUUCACCCGUUCUACAAGUCAUGACACCAAAAUCAAUAACUCGAUCACGACGUCCAUCAUCAACAUCAUCAAUCAAUACAAUAACAACAACAACCACAACUACAACUAGUCUACCACCACCUUCAAUAUCACAUGACACAACUACAAGAAUUAUUCGUUGUUUAGCAAAUACAAAUCAACGAACAAAUGAAGAUAAAAAACUUCGAAUACCCAUGUCACCAACAGAUACAUUAUCUAGUCUUCGUUAUCAAGUUCUUAAACGUCUCUAUGAUAAUUUUAAUAUUUAUGCUUGUUCAAUAAAAGCAACUUAUAUUGAAAAGGAUCCAAUUGUUGUAUAUGAACAACUUUGUAAAGCAAAUAAAAUUGCUGCUUAUUCAAAUAUUCGAUCGGCAUUGAAAUUAUUUUUUGAUAAAUUUGAAUUAUCUCUUCAACGAUUAAGUUUAAGAUUAGAACAAACAAUAUGUAUAUUACAAGUCUUUGAAAAUUUCAUGUUUAUUUAUUCAAUAAAUUUAUCAGAGAAUAAUCUAACUGAUGGUAUAUUUGAUCAAUUAGGAAAAUUAUCUCUCGAUCAACUUAAAUCAUUAAAUCUUUCACAAAAUAAAUUUACUUCAAAUGGAAUACGUAAAUUAUUUGAACAGAAAACUAUGAAUAAUUUACUUCUACUUGAUUUAACUGGAAAUAUAGAUAUUGAUUGUGUUACAUUAACAUUUAUCCGAUCUCGACAUCCAAAUAUAACUGUAUAUCAUUGA